CAUCAUUCAAUCUUGCAACUUUAUCAUCAUCUUUCCCAUGGAAAAUAUAAUAAUGUAGAUGUUCUUUCUAGACAACCCCUUUACUUUUUGCUUUUUCCCAUGGCGUUGUUCUUAUCUACUAACACCCUUUCUUCUUCAUUCUAUAAAUAAUUCAUUUCAAUUUCUCUUUGUUCAUCAUUUUUCAUUCAAGUUCUUGAUUUUUCUUGUCCAAUGAUGCAAACUGGGCCUCACCACGCAGCAGAAGAAGAUGCCCUUCGCGAGGAAAAUAACAAGCUCAUAAUUUAUCCGAGAGGUUUUAAUAUCACAUGGGGCAAUGAUGAUCGUUAUUGGCGUAUUGUCAACUCCGACGAGUCGGAGAAUUCGAGAGUGGCCGAGCUGAAGCAAGUUUCAUGGCUUGAAGUGACAUGCUCAACUGAUAAAGUAGAGUUUGGAAAGAGGUACAAAGUGGGUUUCAAUGUUUUACUAAGGCCAGAUGCAUUUGGAUGGAAAGGGCUUGAUGUUUAUGUAAUGGCUAAGGUUGGGAAGGCAGGAAAGUUCUUCCCUAAGAAAGUGUCUCUUGGAGACGACCACCCAAAGCAAAAGUUUAUCAUUCCUAAGACGCCUUUAGUAAUCUCAAUUGAUCGUUCAACAGCCAAAGAGAAAAGCAUCCACCUUGGGUUGUAUGAAGUUUGGAGUUCAAAGUGGAAGGGGGGAUUGGAGAUCCACAAUGCAUUCAUUGAGAAGGUUGACUAAACUUUGAGCCAUAAUCCUAUGAGGGAUGAUAUGAGAUUUCCUUUGUUUUUUAAGCUUUCAAAAUGUUAUGAUGUUUGUAAAAGUAAAAGGAUGUCUUUGAUGUUGUUGAUUCAUUUUGUUGCUUAAUUGAAUGCUAUUUAUUAUUA